GGGGGUCUCUGGGGAGACCCCGGGGUAAGGUCGCCGCGAGGGGCCGAGCCAGGACUCCGCCCACAGGCUGGUGGCGUUCCCACUUGUCAGUGCCACCAUUCGAGCUCGGGCGGAGCGACGGGGUGAAGGGGUGGCCUGCCCUUCCACACCUGUGGGAUAUCUCAUCAGGUGGGACGAGAGACUGAGAAAAGAAAUAAGACACAAAGUAUAGAGAAACAACAGUGGGCCCAGGAGACCGGCACUUGGCACACUAAGGACCUGCACCGGCACCGGUCUCUGAGUUCUCUUAGUUUUUAUUAUUAUUUUCAUUAUCUCAGCAAGAGGAAUGCAGUAGGAGAGCAGGGUGAUAAUAGGGAGAAGGUCAGCAAAAAAAGCAUGUGAGCAAAAGAAUCUGUAUCAUAAUUAAGUUUAAGGGGAGGUACUAUGCCUGGACGUGUACGUAGGCCAGAUUUGUUUCUCUCCACCCAAACAUCUCAGUGGAGUAAAGAAUAACAAGGCAGCAUUGCUGCCAACAUGUCUUACCUCCCACCAUAGGGCAGUUUUUCUCCUGUCUCAGAAUUGAACAAAUGUACAAUCGGGUUUCAUACCAAGACGUUCAGUUCCCAGGGGCAGGCAGGAGACAGUGGCCUUCCCCUAUCUCAGCUGCAAGAGGCUUUCCUCUUUUACUAAUCCACCUCAGCACAGACCCUUUACGGGUGUCGGGCUGGGGGACGGUCAGGUCUUUCUCAUCCCAGGAGGCCACUUUUCAGACUAUCACAUGGGGAGAAACCUUGGACAAUACCCGGCUUUCAAGAGCAGAGACCCCUGUGGGUUUCCGCAGUCCAUUAUGCCUGUGGUUUGUUGACACUAGAGAAUGGCGAUGACUUUUACCAAGUAUACUGCUGGUAAACAUUUUGUUAUUAAGGCACGUCCUGCACAGCCCUAGAUCCCUUAAACCUUGAUUUCAUACAACACAUGUUUUUGUGAGCUCCAGGUUGGAUCAAAGUGGUUGGGUCAAAGUGGCUGGGGCAAAGCUACAAAUUAACAACAUCUCAGCAAAGCAGUUGUUCAAGGUACAGGUCAAAAUGGAAUUUCUUAUGUCUUCCCUUUCUACACAGACACAGUAACAGUCGGAUCUUUCUUUCUUUUCCCUACAAGGGGCAGCAGUGCGAUGGGGUGGUUCCCAGCGCAUGGGAGACAGGGUGGGUUCGCGGUUCCUGGUGUUCCAUGAGAAGUCAGAGAUGCACUGAGCAGAGCUGGGGGAGAAAGGGGGUUUCGCUCAGCCUCAGAUGUCCUGCCUGGGAGGCCCAGUCAGUAGUGGAGUCGCUCUGCGUGUGGAGGAGGUACUCUGGGAAGGGAGGAGAGUUUGGGCCAGUUCUUCCCCAAGGGGGAAGGUGCUGAGGGAUCGGCCAGGGCCCAUCCUGUGGCUGCUUGCUAUGGGAGGGUGGUGGCUGGCUCUUCCAGUUGUGUGACUCCUAAAGAGCGGGCUUAGCCUUUAGCCAGGAGACUCCACUUCCAAGCUUGUUCAGGCUGUUGGCCGAAUCUGUUUUUCUUGAGGUUGGUCCUCAGAAGUGCUGGCUGCCAGCCUGAGUGGUCCUUAGCUCUCCGAGGUCCUUCCAUGUGGCCCUCAGAUCUUUCUCAGGCUUUUAAGGGCUCAUUUGAUUAGAUUGGGUCCACCAGGGUAAUUCACGUCCAUAACCUUAAUUCCCUGUGCAAAGUCCCUUUUGGUAUGUAGUGUAACAUAAGCACAAGUUCCAGGGAUUAGGAUAUGGACCCGGGGGAGAGGGGGCAUUUAUGCUGUGUCCUGGUAAGCAAGAUCCCACACAUAAUGAAGUGAGAAAAAUAAGGUGUGAAGCCAUAGCAUCGUUGGGUGUAAUUUGUCAUUAAAAGGCAAACGUAUGUUUAUAUAUUUGCUGUGUAAACCUAGAUUAAUCUGGAAUGGUACACUAGAAACAAGGGAAACUGUGUGGAUGUUUGGGGAAUUUUUCACCAUAAAUCCUUUUUACCUUUUAAAUUUUGAGGUGACUAUGCCCCUAUUCAGAAACAAUGAGAAUUUAAAGUAUUUUUAAAUAAAAUGAACUAAAUAAAUAUUGCAGAUUAUUAUAUCACCACUUGGAUGGGGAGAGGUUUCCCUCAAGGAAACUGGGCAUCUGCACUGUAAGGGCAGGCAGAUGCAGUCACAGAGGGCCUUGUCACCCCCAUCGCCCAUGUCUCCUCCAUUUCUGCUGCCACGUGAUAGGCACCUUAGUGCUGUACCUGCUUUGAAUCUCAUCUCCCACCAUUCCUCUGAGCAUGCUGCCAAGUUAAUCUUGAGAUAUUAGUUUUGUCUUUCCUGACACAGAAAUGUGGCCAGUGUUUCACCUUCAUCUGGCAGCCAAGGCCCCUUAUCAUUGGUCCAUAGUAACCAUCCCUGUGAGCUCUGUUCAUAUCUCCUUGCCAUCUCUCUCUAGCUUUUCCCUACACUUGUCCUCUGACCUUUUCACCCAGACCACUAGUUGUGCAUUCCUCCUUGAUGGUGAUCUGAGUCCAGGAGCACCACCCAGCCCUUCUUUCUUCCCCACAUGGCCUAUGGGUGACACCUACCAUCACGUUGACUCCCCGCACCAUCCUUCUGCCACCUUUCUUCACAUCCCCUUUGCAGAUCCCCUUGACCACACCCUCAUUCUCAGCUGGCGCUCAUGAAGGACAGAAGAGUCAAUGUCAGUACAAUGUCCUUGUCAUGCCCAGCCUCAGAACUCGCCGUGAGGAGGCAGAGAUGGAGCUCUCAGCUCCAGGACCAUCCCCUUGGACCCCUGCAGCCCAGGCCCAUGUGAGUGAUGCUCCUGCUGUGACCCACCCUGGAUCUGCAGCCUGUGGUACCCCCUGCUGUAGUGAUACUGAGCUGGAAGCCAUCUGCCCUCACUAUCAGCAGCCAGAUUGUGACACCAGGACUGAAGACAAGGAGUUUCUUCACAAGGAAGACAUUCAUGAAGAUUUGGAAUCACAGGCAGAAAUAUCAGAAAACUAUGCUGGUGAUGUUUUGCAGGUACCCGAGCUUGGAGAUCUGUGUGAUGAUGUAUCAGAAAGAGACUGGGGAGUCCCCGAAGGCAGGAGGCUGCCACAGUCCCUCUCCCAGGAGGGGGACUUCACACCAGCUGCCAUGGGGCUCCUUAGGGGCCCCUUAGGGGAGAAAGAUCUGGACUGUAAUGGUUUUGACAGUCGCUUCAGUCUGAGCCCAAACCUGAUGGCAUGUCAGGAAAUCCCUACAGAAGAGAGGCCACAUCCAUAUGACAUGGGUGGCCAGAGUUUCCAGCACAGUGUGGACCUAACUGGUCAUGAGGGGGUUCCCACAGCUGAAAGUCCACUCAUAUGUAAUGAGUGUGGGAAAACCUUCCAAGGAAAUCCUGACCUUAUUCAGUGUCAAAUAGUCCACACUGGGGAGGCUUCCUUUAUGUGUGAUGAUUGUGGGAAAACCUUCAGCCAGAACUCAGUUCUUAAAAACCAUCAUCGAUCUCAUAUGAGUGAGAAAGCCUACCAGUGCAGCGAAUGUGGGAAAGCCUUCCGAGGGCACUCAGACUUUUCUAGGCAUCAGAGUCACCACAGCAGUGAGAGGCCUUAUAUGUGUAAUGAAUGUGGAAAAGCCUUCAGCCAGAACUCGAGCCUUAAAAAGCACCAAAAGUCUCACAUGAGUGAGAAGCCCUAUGAAUGCAAUGAAUGUGGGAAGGCUUUUAGGCGGAGCUCAAACCUCAUCCAACAUCAAAGAAUCCAUUCUGGGGAGAAACCGUAUGUGUGCAGUGAGUGUGGGAAGGCCUUCAGGCGAAGCUCAAACCUCAUCAAACACCACAGGACUCACACAGGAGAGAAGCCUUUUGAGUGUGGCGAGUGUGGGAAAGCCUUCAGCCAGAGUGCACACCUGAGGAAGCACCAGAGGGUCCACACUGGAGAGAAGCCUUAUGAGUGUAAUGAUUGUGGCAAGCCCUUCAGUCGGGUCUCCAACCUCAUUAAGCACCACAGGGUUCACACUGGAGAGAAACCCUAUAAGUGCAGUGACUGUGGGAAAGCAUUUAGUCAGAGCUCCAGCCUUAUUCAGCAUCGGAGAAUUCACACUGGAGAAAAGCCUCACGUGUGUAAUAUAUGUGGAAAAGCCUUUAGUUAUAGCUCAGUGCUCCGAAAGCACCAGAUCAUCCACACGGGAGAGAAGCCAUACAGAUGCAGUGUCUGUGGGAAGGCCUUCAGCCACAGCUCAGCCCUCAUUCAGCACCAGGGCGUGCACACAGGCGACAAGCCCUACGCCUGCCAUGAGUGUGGGAAGACCUUUGGUCGCAGCUCCAACCUCAUCCUUCACCAGCGAGUCCACACUGGAGAGAAGCCCUAUGAAUGUACUGAAUGUGGAAAAACCUUCAGCCAGAGCUCAACCCUCAUUCAGCAUCAGAGGAUUCAUAAUGGGCUGAAGCCCCAUGAAUGUAACCAGUGUGGUAAAGCCUUCAACCGAAGCUCAAAUCUCAUUCACCACCAGAAAGUUCAUACUGGGGAAAAACCCUACACCUGUGUUGAAUGUGGUAAGGGCUUCAGCCAGAGCUCACACCUCAUUCAGCAUCAGAUAAUCCACACUGGCGAGCGCCCCUACAAAUGCAGUGAGUGUGGGAAAGCCUUCAGUCAGCGUUCUGUCCUCAUCCAGCACCAGAGGAUUCACACUGGGGUGAAGCCCUACGACUGUGCUGCUUGUGGGAAAGCCUUCAGCCAGCGAUCAAAGUUGAUCAAACACCAGUUGAUUCACACCAGGGAAUAGGCUGUUGGGCUGGCAGGAGUGAAACUGAGCAUAGUUUCCUCUCCAACUCCUCUUUGGCCAUUGUCUCAGCCUCUGCCACUUCCCAGACCGAAAGCCUGGACUCAGCUCACUGCCUACAUCCAGUGGCCACAUAGCCUGGGACCCUCCUUUGAAACAUCCUUUACAGGCUCCCUUCUCACUGCCACUGCUCUUGCCUCUUGUGAUGUCUUGGGUUUGGGCUUGUUUUUACAGCUUAUGAACGGACUGCACGUUUGUUACAAGGGAGAAGAUUCUGGAGGCUGCAUAUUCAUGAAUAGAGUUUAUUAUUAUAAUCAAAAGUUACCAAAAAAGUAAAGUGACAUUUGGUUUUAGAUAA